CACUAUUGACAGAUCACAAAACGCACACAGCCGGAGUCGGGGUUUGGAAAACGGGAGUGUUAGUCGCCGAUUUUGUUUGUGAAAAAUUGCGGGAGUUGCGUGCUUUACGACAAUGAUUUCGACCGGAGCUUUCUUCCACACAUUCAGAGAAAAAUCGUGAUGGCAGUGCUGUCGAAAAAUUCCCUGCCAUAAUUUAAAUUAUGGCCGAAUCUAGUCUGGAAACACAAAUCGAUUCCUUUCUGGAGCAAUUCAAAAGAAAUUCCUCCAAAGCCAUGGAGGAACGCACCAUCGUUUGUCGAUCACGAAGUUCGUAUUUGGACGCAGAAUCGCCCGAUGAACCCGUGACGCCUUGCGAGGAAAUUGAAAUGGUGAACACCAUCCAAGCAGAACCUCUAGGACUGAAUGAUGUUGCCGAAUUAUUACAUUCACAAUACGCUAUUAUCUCAGGUGGGAAAUCGAAGGAGGGUUGCCCUAUUAUCACUUUCCCAGAUAACAAUAAUUUUCAUUUAUUAACCGACGCUGAAUACCAACGAUUAAUGUUAUAUUUAACUUCAGUACCCUCGCUACAAGAGGCAGAUUUGGGCUUCCAUUUAAUAAUAGAUAGAAGAAAAGAUAGAUGGAAUUCCGUCAAAACUGUUCUAUUGAAAAUCUCAGUAUACUUUCCAGGUCUUAUUCACGUCGUGUACGUAAUAAAACCUGCAAGUUUCUUACAAAAAGCUUUAUCCGAAGUAAGCAAUAAACUUUUUAAGGAUGAAUUUAAAUUCCGAAUGAUAGUUUUAAGUACAAUAGAAGAAUUACACGAGUAUGUAGACUUAAGUCAGAUAACGUCAGACUUAGGCGGCAGUUUAUACUACUGCCACGAGGAAUGGAUGCAACAAAGAAUGGAAUUCGAGAAAUUCUCUCUAGUAACUAAACAAGUUUCAAAUGCCUUAGAUAAAUUUACGAAAGUUAUCGAAGAAGCCGAACUACCCAACAACGUCGAUUCGACCCAGCAAGUCCUAAACUGUCAAACCCUCGGCUAUUCCGAGUUGAAAGAAGAAAUCCUAUCCGCGGCGAAACACGGCGAAAAUUUACUAUGUUCGAUAAAACUAAAGUCAACGAAUAGCGACAACAACUGCGACACCAUGGGGGACGUACUAGCCAUAGAACGGCUUCUAGUCCAGUUAGAAGAAACCGAGCGCACGUUCGACGAAUUCUGGCAACAACACUCCACAAAACUACGUCACUGCCUGGAAUUGCGACGCUUUGAGCAGGACUUCCGUGAGUUACAAAUUAAUUUCAGUUUGCAUUUGAAAGUCAUCGGCGACAUGACGGAAGUUGGCGAAAAUUUGAGCCGGAUCGACGAUCUGAGUAAGGAUUUAGUCGCAUUCGAGAAACUUUGCUUGGUUGAUAUAGAACGAGCGGAAGAGGUUAUCUCGUCGGGGCAAAACCUUAUUCAAAAUAAAGUUUUCUAUCCGCUGCAAUGCGUGGAACCGAAGGGCUGUGAACUGAUGACAAUGCGGGACACGUUACUGGAGAAAUUGUUUAAACGAAAAGAAACCCUUAUCAACAGCCAGAAAGUCAUAGAGGAGAUUGAGAAGGGUAACGAAUGGUGCACGAAGGGUCUGCACGUCUUGAAUGCCUAUAAAGUAGACAAAGACAUCUACUCUGAAGUGGCAAAGGCAUACAUGAAACAGAUUGACGAAUUUUUAAAAACUGAGGAGGUUUUUAAUAGUGCCUCGAAAGAAAUAAUGUAUCUUCAGGAUACUAUUAGUACAGAACUGAGGGACAGAUUGAGUCAGGUUUUGCAAGAAAUUGAUGAGAUGAUGUUUCUGUGUAAAGAACGCUUGCAUACUUUGAGUUGUCUGAUUGAGCCCGAAAACUUAGCUCCCGAACUGGCUAUUUCUAAGCAAACACUCGGAAACACACCUGACAAGACUGCGAAGAAAAUUUGUAAAAUACCAAAAAGUGGAUCGUCAGAAAAGAAUAUAGAACUCGAAUUUUACCACGCUUACCCCUCUCCAGAGAACGAAGAAUUAAAUAAAGCGAAAACUGGCCACGUUUUGACCGAGUUGAUAGAAACCGAAAAGUUUUACGUUUCGGAACUGUUGUCUGUGAUUAAAGGAUAUAAAAUGGAAGUGAAUUCGGAAGAGCUGCAACAUUUGGUUACACCAGCUCUUGUCGACAAUAUAAAUAUAAUAUUUGGUAAUUUGGACGAAAUUUAUAACUUUCACGCAAACGUAUUUUUGCAAGAUCUUGAAAAUUGCAUAUCGUCAAUCGAUUUAGUAGCGUUAUGUUUUGUUCAGCGUCGAGACAUAUUUUUUCGUUUGUACAGUUGUUAUUGCCAAAAUAUACCACGAUCGGAGCAACUACGUGAAACUCUGAUGGAUUCGAAUAUGUUUUUUCAAACAUGCCAGCGCAAACUUGGACAUAAACUACCUCUUGCAGCCUAUUUACUAAAACCAGUUCAAAGAAUAACGAAGUAUCAAUUAUUAUUAAAAGAUUUGCUGCGCUAUUCAGAAGCUGAAAAGUGUUGUAAAGAAUUGCAACAAGCCUUGGAUUGUAUGCUGGUUGUUUUAAAGUGCGUUAAUGACAGUAUGCACCAAAUCUCGAUUACUGGUUUUCCUAUCGACUUGUCUCAGCAAGGAGACUUGCUUUUACAAGGCUCAUUUUCCGUUUGGGUUGAAAAUAAGAAAGAUUUAAGGCUGAGAUUGAAACCCCUAAGGAGGCAUAUUUUUCUGUACCAGAAGUCAAUAUUGUUCUGUAAAUCUGUUUCCAAAUCGUCGCAUAACAAAGCCACAUAUCAUUUCAAACACUAUUUAAAAAUGUCUGAAAUUGGCUUAACUGAAUCAGUCAAAGGUGAUCCUAGAAAGUUCGAAAUUUGGUUACAAGGUCGACAAGAAGUGCAUACGAUUCAAGCUUCAAACACUGAACAAAAACAGUCAUGGGUUAAUGAAAUCAAACGUGUUCUUCUUAACCAACUAGAAGAGUUAAAAGGAGAGAAGAUUAAACAAUAUACCACGCAAGCGCAUAAGCCUCUUCGUCAGACAACGUCUUGGGAAAAACAGAAGAAUACGCCUAACAUUCCCUUGAGUAAUAGUAACAGAGCGAUGAGUUGCGACACCGAUUGUCAAUCGCAAGUUUCCACUGAAACUAUAGAAACUUUGGAGGGAGAAACCUGGUCUUCAGAUUGCAGCAACAGUGAUGACGAAGAGCACCCGAAUAAAAAUGCAGUUCCUAGUGGUCGUUAUGUUGCACUAGCAGAUUAUUGUGCCAUUGGCAGCAGCGAGGUCAACAUACGGGAAGGUGAUAUGGUAGAAUUACUGAAAGUCGGCUGUGCAGGCUGGUGGUUUAUUAAAAUAAUAGGUACGUCGACUGAGGGCUGGGCACCUGCAGCAUUUUUGGAAAAUUUGCAACGUAAAAGUUCACGUAGUAGCAGCAGAAGCCACGACAAGCUAACCGAUGACUAAAUCAUGUUAUUUGUUAUAUAAAUUUUUGCGCAGUAGGGGAGCACCAUUUGGUGAUUUUUCUACAAUGCAUAUAUAUAUAUUUUCAUAUGUUAUACGGCCUGGUUAUAUUUUCAAAAGCAAUAUAGAUAAAAGAAUGAAACAUGGGGAGAGUCACCUUGUUCAAUUUUGGUCGAAAUUAAUAAAUGUUUGCUUUAUUUUUACUUGCUACUGGUGCCCUUUGUACAUUUUAUAUUGCAGUGAAUGUGAUCCAGUUGUAAACUAUAAAGUUCUUGAAGACGUUUUGUGAAUAAUGUAGAAUUGAGGUAAAAUGAAUGUAAAUACGAUUAUAGAAAGUUGUGGUGUUGUUCACUUUAGGUAGAAUCAGGACCCACAAAGUCGCUCAAAUAUUUUUGUUAUGAAUUUUGGCUGUUAACAUUGAUUUUAUCAAUGAUUUGGAACUAUUUUAAGUUAGUUUAGACCAAAAGCGCUCAACGCAUGUUGGUGGUUGUCAAACUUUGUUAAAAAGAAUUAUAUUAAAUAUGAUUUGAAGCUUGAGAGUUCGUCUGACGACCCGACCAGCCUUUGCGAAGUCAAUUCACUUAUUUAUUGUUUUAUUGACGAACUGUAACGACUGCAAAAGUAUUCUUAAAAGUAUUUAUUGUUAUCAAUGUUAUUUAUGACACUUGACUUUUAUUAUACAUGGGCGUUUCAUCUCCGUCGAAGUUGUCAGUUGAGUUGCAACACCCAGUAUAAGAAACACUGUCGAUGUUUAUAUCAUGACUUGGUUAUAAUUCAAUUUACAAGAAGUGCAAGUCUCUUAAACUAUUACAUAAAUAUAAGCACUCUUUAAAAACUAGUACAAAAUUAAUUGUAAUAUAUAAUUUAUUUUUGUUGUGGGCACUCCACAGUUAUAAAAUCACUUGAGGGUGUUAAAAUUAGUUUAUUUAUUUUAAAGAGGUAGAGAAGUUGUCAAUGACUGUAGGAACAUGGAAGUACCAGAUCAAUUAGGAAACUAUUUUUAGAAUAAGUUACACAAGUCAUAAAUGUAGGUACCCGUUUGUGUUUCAGAGUAAAGGAUCAGAGCUCCAUGCAAAAAGUCAAGGGUGGGAGAAAAUUUCUAACCCGGAUUGGGGUUUAGCGAAGACUAGCGUGGGGUUUUCUCGAAAUAAGUUCUGUUAUACUGAAAAAUUAUUAAUAAACAUAAUAAACACAGUAUUGGUUAUACAAGAGUUUUUGUAUAAACAUAGAUAUAAGUACCUACCAAUUUAUUUACACGAUGUAUCUAUGGGUGAUAAUUUUUCAGGUCUGAUACCAUUUUCUGUUGUUUCUCAAUUUUUGUACAAGCAGUAAAUAAAAUUGUAAUGAAAACAA